AUGGACUGUCGGCGGAAACUGAUCCAUCAACAAGGCGCACAAGCAGCGGCUUUCUGGGAGCAGGCGCAGGAUGGACAGGUUGCCGCUGCAAGAGAGGAUAUGCGGGGAGAGGAGUUUGAGUGGCCUUCAUUUGAAGAUUGGGAUAUGGUAGUGGGAGAGAAGGCCGAACUUAUGGCGGGCAAUCAUAGAGUAGAGGCUCUGAAGAAGCGCCUGCGGCUUUUGGGUUGCGGCAAGGAAGAGCGAUGGUGGAUUUGCGACAUUUACAACAAAGACGCACUGCCACCGCAUCUACGCACUAAGCUUCGGGCUAACCGAGAAGAUUUAAUUCUGCCUGACAACCAUGGCCAGAUAUGGACGGAGUUGGCGACCUUGUCGUCUUCAGAUAAUACACUUUUCCAGGGCCCAAAGACAGAGGUAGAGCGGCAAAUGCUAGAACACCUUGGGCUAAGUGGUCGAGUCAAAUUUCCAGUGAGGCGACUAGGCACUCUAUGGAGGAAUCAGAAUUGGAAGCAAAUGAUUACAAGAUGGUGCGAAUUCUCGCUUGGCCAGGCAACAUUUAACAUUUCUACAUUUAAAUGGAUGGCGAGCUGCAGGAUUGACAAUUUCUGGUUCACCACGUUCCACUCCGUAAUCGACUCAAUAUCUCAAAUACGCAGUGAAUUCGGCAUUGACGUCCAGUCUAGUGACUGGAUUCAGUUGGCAAGUCUCCCGCAAGUACAAAAGCCUGCAGAUGUUCAACAACUAUUCUACCCUAACCUGGACAACCAAAAAGACGUUACCCUCUGCAGACAGCAAAACCUUUUCUUGACAGCUGGCGACGACGUAUACGAUA